AGAUAUUGACGAAAUGGCCGGGCUUAUAUACCAUGCAUACCUAGGAGAGGACAGGUUCACUGGGCGAACGAAAACUAGGUCACAUAAGGAAAGGAGUGUCUUCGGCGAAUCUUUGCGACACUGUCGUGUUUCAGUGGUUCCGUGCCGUAAAGAGAGGCCGGGAGCUGCCCCUAACCGAGGCAGCAGCGGACGUGAGCGAUAAUGGCGGAUAUGGAGGAUCUCUUCGGGAGCGACGCCGACAGCGAAGCUGAGCGUAAAGAUUCUGAUUCUGGAUCUGACUCAGAUUCUGAUCAAGAGAAUGCUGCCUCUGGCAGUAAUGCCUCUGGAAGUGAAAGUGAUCAGGAUGAAAGAGGUGAUUCAGGACAACCAAGUAAUAAGGAACUGUUUGGAGAUGACAGUGAGGACGAGGGAGCUUCACAUCAUAGUGGUAGUGAUAAUCACUCUGAAAGAUCAGACAAUAGAUCAGAAGCUUCUGAGCGUUCUGACCAUGAGGACAAUGACCCCUCAGAUGUAGAUCAGCACAGUGGAUCAGAAGCCCCUAAUGAUGAUGAAGACGAAGGUCAUAGAUCGGAUGGAGGGAGCCAUCAUUCAGAAGCAGAAGGUUCUGAAAAAGCACAUUCAGAUGAUGAAAAAUGGGGCAGAGAAGAUAAAAGUGACCAGUCAGAUGAUGAAAAGAUACAAAAUUCUGACGAUGAGGAGAGGGCACAAGGAUCUGAUGAAGAUAAGCUGCAGAAUUCUGACGAUGAUGAGAAAAUGCAGAACACAGAUGAUGAUGAGAGGCCUCAGCUUUCCGAUGAUGAGAGACAACAGCUAUCUGAGGAGGAAAAGGCUAAUUCUGAUGAUGAACGGCCGGUAGCUUCUGAUAAUGAUGAUGAGAAACAGAAUUCUGAUGAUGAAGAACAACCACAGCUGUCUGAUGAAGAGAAAAUGCAAAAUUCUGAUGAUGAAAGGCCACAGGCCUCAGAUGAAGAACACAGGCAUUCAGAUGAUGAAGAGGAACAGGAUCAUAAAUCAGAAUCUGCAAGAGGCAGUGAUAGUGAAGAUGAAGUUUUACGAAUCAAACGCAAGAAUGCGAUUGCAUCUGAUUCAGAAGCGGAUAGUGACACUGAGGUGCCAAAAGAUAAUAGUGAAACCAUGGAUUUAUUUGGAGGUGCAGAUGAUAUCUCUUCAGGGAGCGAUGGAGAAGACAAACCACCUACUCCAGGACAGCCUGUUGAUGAAAAUGGAUUGCCUCAGGAUCAACAGGAAGAGGAGCCAAUUCCUGAGACCAGAAUAGAAGUAGAAAUACCCAAAGUAAACACUGAUUUAGGAAACGACUUAUAUUUUGUUAAACUGCCCAACUUUCUCAGUGUAGAGCCCAGACCUUUUGAUCCUCAGUAUUAUGAAGAUGAAUUUGAAGAUGAAGAAAUGCUGGAUGAAGAAGGUAGAACCAGGUUAAAAUUAAAGGUAGAAAAUACUAUAAGAUGGAGGAUACGCCGAGAUGAAGAAGGAAAUGAAAUUAAAGAAAGCAAUGCUCGGAUAGUCAAGUGGUCAGAUGGAAGCAUGUCCCUGCAUUUAGGCAAUGAAGUGUUUGAUGUGUACAAAGCCCCACUGCAGGGCGACCACAAUCAUCUUUUUAUAAGACAAGGUACUGGUCUACAGGGACAAGCAGUCUUUAAAACGAAACUCACCUUCAGACCUCACUCUACGGACAGUGCCACACAUAGAAAGAUGACUCUGUCACUUGCAGAUAGGUGUUCAAAGACACAGAAGAUUAGAAUCUUGCCAAUGGCUGGUCGUGAUCCUGAAUGCCAACGCACAGAAAUGAUUAAGAAAGAAGAAGAACGUUUGAGGGCUUCCAUACGUAGGGAAUCUCAGCAGCGCCGAAUGAGAGAGAAACAGCACCAGCGGGGGCUGAGCGCCAGUUACCUGGAACCUGAUCGAUACGAUGAGGAGGAGGAAGGCGAGGAGUCCAUCAGCUUGGCUGCCAUUAAAAACCGAUAUAAAGGGGGCAUUCGAGAGGAACGAGCCAGAAUCUAUUCAUCAGACAGUGAUGAGGGAUCAGAAGAAGAUAAAGCUCAAAGAUUACUCAAAGCAAAGAAACUUACCAGUGAUGAGGAGUCUGGGAAAAGGGAAAGACCCAAGCUGAAAGAAACAUGGAGACAGUGGAAAGGAGAGGUAUCAAGGCCAACCCUCAGCUUUCUUAGACAAAACAGGUACGUUCUGUGAAGGAUUACUCAGUAUGUGGUGUCAGGCAGCCUCCCCUCUGUGUCUCUUUCUCCAGCUCUCCCUCUUGAGACUCCAUUUCCCCUUUGACAACCCUGCCUUAUCUUCACAACUGUGGACUGUCUUUUUCUGUAUCUACAGGGACCUGCAUUCAUGACUGUAUUAGCAAGCUUUCUUUUAGACUUAAUAAAAAUAUUUUUGUCAUUUACUGCAUUUAUAUAUGACACUGGGAUCUGUUGCAGUUAUGUUCAGUAAGGCAGCAUCCCACAUGUGUAAUUUCACAAAAUGAAGUCAUCCUGAAGGAUUCUCUCACCUUUCUAAGUCCUGGGAGUCUGAGGAACUAUACACCUUUGCUCUGUGUGAUGGCUGGCUGGCUGGCUGGCUUGCUUAUUUAUUUAUUUAUUUGUUUGUUUGAGAUGGAGUCUUGCUCUAUUGCCCAGACUGGAGUGCAGCGCUGCGAUCUCAGCUCACUGCAAACUCUGCCUCCUGGGUUCAAGUGAUUCUCCUGCCUCAGCCUCCAAAUCCAUGCCUGGCUAAUUUUUGUAUGUUUAGUAGAGACAGGGUUUCACCAUGUUGGCCAGGCAGGUCUCUAACUCCUGACCUCAAGUGAUCUGCCCGCCUCAGCCUCCCGAAGUGCUAGGAUUAUAGGCACGAGCCACCACAUGCGGCCUUAUUAUUUAUUUUAUUAAAAAAAUUUUUUUUGUAGCAAUUAUAAUUUUUUUUUUGGUAAAGACAAAAUGUCUUACCAUGUUGCCCAGGUUGGUCUCACUCAAACUCCUGGCCUCAAGUGAUCCUCCCACUUUGGCCUCCCAAAGCCCUGGGUUUACAGGCAUGAGCCACUGCACCCAUUCCCUUUGCUGUGUUUUUCUGUGCUUAUGUGUAGCUGCCAGAGAAGUCAGUCCUUGGCAGGCCUUUUUUUUUUUUUUUUUGAGACGGAGUCUCGCUCUGUCGCCCAGGCUGGAGUGUGGUGGUGUGGUCUCAGCUCACUGCAACCUCCAUCUCCCGGGUUUAAGCAAUUCCCUUACCUCAGCCUCCCAAGUAGCUGGGAUUACAGGUGCCCGCCAUCAUGCCUGGCUAAUUUUUUUGUAGUUUUAGUAGAGAUGGGGUUUCACCAUGUUGGUUGGGCUGGUCUUGAACUCCUGACCUCGUGAUCUGCCCACCUCGGCCUCCCAAAGUGCUGGGAUUACAGGCGUGAGCCACCACGCCCAACCUUUUUUUUUUUUUUUUUUUGAUACGGAGUCUCCCUCUGUCGCCCAGGCUGGAGAGCAGUGGUGUGAUUUCUGCCCACUGCAACCUCCACCUCCCGGGUUCAAGUGAUUCUCCUACCUCAGCCUCCUGAGUAGCUGGGAUUACAGGCAUGCGCCACCAUGCCUGGCUAAUUUUUUGUAUUUUUAGUAGAGAUGGGGUUUCACCGUCUUGGUCAGGCUGGUUUCAAACUCCUGACCUCGUGAUCUGCCCGCCUUGGCCUCCCAAAGUGCUGGGAUUACAGGGGUGAGCCAUCGCGCCCGGCCGGUCCUUGGCAGGCUUUCUAAAGCAGAAUUUCACAGCUUCUUACUCCACAGGAUGGAUUAGGACUGGUGCCAGUGAGACGUCUUUGGGAGAGCCCUGGCCAUCUCCUGGCUGCUGCUGUCCAGGGGCCUUUAGGACAGGCUGUACCAUCUUUUAGAAUUACCAUGCUAGUUGUUUUAGUGAUUGAAAUUUCAUCUCAUUAAAGGAUUUUAGAGCUGAAAAGACAAACACACCAAGGCUCACUUUUGGAAGGUUACCAAAAAAUAGUGAUUGCAUGUAAAAUGUUUUAAGAUUUUUCCUUUGAAAAUUAAAAGACAAGUAGUGUGAUUGAAUGUGCUCUUUGCCUGUGGGGCUGGGAGUAUUUGGGUUUGCUCUAGCCUGCAGAGUAGAAAGGAGGGGCUCUUGUCCCUUCUUGGGGGUAGGGUCCAUCUUUCAAUACUGCUGUUUAGGUAUUUCACUGCUGUCAGCUGGGAAGUAAAUGGAGGAGGAGCACUUCUCUAAAUCCCUUACUGUGGAUUCAUAACUUCCCCCCUUUGAAUUCUAUGGCCUUUCAGGUCUGUGGGAAUGUAUUUGGGAUAAUAAGGCAGGAAACAAGUGUGAGAUGCUAUCUUGUCUGUCAGAGGGCCAGCCAUGAGAACCAUCAGAAAAAAGUGGGCAUACCAGGUUGCAUUCUCCAUCUAGCAGCCUGUGGUCACAGCAGCAAGAUGUCUGGCUUUCCCUAACUUCAACCUUCAAACCAUUUGUUCAUCCCAUUUAAUUUUUAAUUUUUAUUUAUUUAUUUAUUUUUGAGAUGGAGUCUUGCUUGCUCUGUUGCCCAGGCUGGAGUAUAGUGGUGCGAUCUCAGCUUACUGCAACCUUCGCCUCCCGGGUUCAAGUGAUUCUCCUGCCUCAGUCUCUCGAGUAGCUGGGAUUACAGGCGUGCACCACCACACCUGGCUAAUUUUUGUAUUUUUAGUAGAGAUGGAGUUUUGCCAUGUUGGCCAGUCUGGUCUCAAACUCCUGACCUGAGGUGAUCCACCCCCUUUGGCCUCCCAAAGUGCUGGGAUUACAGGCAUGAGCCAUCAUGCCCGGCCCAUCCCAUUUAGUGUCAGUUUGUUUUAAUCAGUAUUUGAUAUUUAGAUACUGACAUGUUCAAAUUCUAUCUGUAAAAAAUGUUUUUUAGAUAACUUCCUAAAUUAUUUGUUUCUGUUAGAACGUUUGUACAGAAUGAUUUUAAACAGUGGCAACUUGUUUAUAGAUGCCCUUUAAUGUCAUCAAAUAUUUUCUUAAAAACCUUUAUGAUGUUUUUAAUGCAUUGAAACAAAUUGUUCCAAAAAAAACCAAAUCAACAGUCUUUAAAAUACUGAAUUUUAGAUAAUGAAGUGAAAUGCUGAGGAGGCAGAGAAAAAAAAUUUGAGAAAUUACCUGAUCAUGGUAAAAAUAUCCUGACAGGACCAGUGGUUAGACAGGCAGAACUUCCUCGGGAGAACCCCGCCCCUUCUGUGGCAAAUCCUGUCUCCAGUUUCCUGCACAUCCUACUCUGUGUUCAAAGGUUUCCCUGUGAGAGAUUAGUUCACAGUUGCUGACACCUCACAAUCUCCCUCACAAUCUGCAGGAACCGUUACUUUGAGUUGUCAGAGGGUCAUUCAGCUCAUAGCUACUUUUGAUAAACCAUCCUAAAAAUGUUCUUUAUUGACUUGUAGAUUUGUAAAAAUUGUAUCUGUUUAGGAAGGUGAACCUUCCGGAAAGAGAAAAGCAGAAGAUGAUGAUAAAGCAAAUAAAAA